GUUGGUUCUUUUGCGAGAGGACUCUUCUUGGUUCACUCAGAAUGCUUGGAGUCUAAUUACAUUGAAAGCAGACCAUUUAGAGUUAACGCUGGGCCGGUGCAUGCGUAUGUCUCUGUUCCAGGUGGAAAGACUUGUUACCUUUCAGAGUUAAGAACGGGAAGAGAGGUAACUGUUGUUGAUCAGAAAGGGAAACAGCGGACAACGGUCGUUGGACGAGUCAAAAUCGAGAAGCGUCCACUUAUUCUUGUAGAGGCUAAGCUUAGCGUAAAGGAGGAGGAAACGGUUUUUAGCAUCAUCUUACAGAACGCGGAAACAGUUGCAUUAGUCACUCCGCACCAAGUAAACAACUCAUCUAGAAAAACCGCUGUUCCGGUGACCUCGCUGAAACUUGGGGAUCAAGUUUUGAUCAGAUUACAGGGCGGUGCACGUCAUACCGGUAUAGAGAUUCAAGAAUUCAUCGUCGAGAAUUGAUCAAACACUUUUGCGGGUAACAUUGAGACAUAUUCAAAUAAAAUGUUUUUGUCUCUAUUCAAUUCUUCUUUUAUGUAUAGGUGUCGCUUAUUUUGGUAGAUAUAUAAGGACAUAAUAUAACGAAGUAACGAACCAACAGGAUACUAUUUACAAUUUCGUUUCCAUUUUAAUUAAUAUAAACGUAAAUAAUCUAUUUAUAUAAA